AUGCGCGCAACCGACAUUUGUGAGGCCACCAUUGAACCGCAAAAGCUUCCGGUAUCGACCUACAGCAGAGGUCAAGAGGGACGAUGCAUCGAUAUUGGUCGUCACAAAACGUUUCGGUGCAUCAUUGACGAAGCGUAUGCGCAUUCGCUUACUGCUGUGGAGAACUUGAUGCUGGUACUGGAUCAGUAUAACAUAGAUGCUGCUCGGACAACUCUCCAGCUGGAAAGAGACCGAAAAUGUAUGUGGGAUGUGUUGGAUCACCAACAAACUGGCAGCGCUUCCAAUGCUCUGGAGUAUCUCGGUCUCACUGCCAACUACAUUUACCUGGAUUUCGCAGUCCGCUACAGACUAGAGGUCUGUGUGACCAGAGGAUACCUCAGGGAACAUGCCAUUGGUGCCGCAUUCUUGGGGAAGUUGGCAGCUUUGGACACUGCAAAAGCAAGCCAGAUGCUGGAAUACCUGGCUGAUAAAGAGCUUAAAAUCGAGGAUCCCCUGCAGAUCUUUGAGGAUGCACAAUUUCGAUACACACCUGCUAAGAAGCGCAUUCCGCACUAUUGCUCACUUGUGCUCAAGGCCAACAUCACGCCAACUUCACUGAAACUAAACAUGCCGAAUGUUGAGAGCUCAAAUCGCGUCAUGCGAAGAUACAACGACGUGCAGGACCGAUUCCUCCGCGUGCAGUUUCUUUCAGAAACGGAGUCUGACCGCAUUGCAAAGGAUCGCUACAACAACGACGAUGUCUGGAAGCGCCUUUUGCGAGUGCUAUACAAGGGCAUCCGGAUCGGCGAUCGCACCUAUGAAUUUCUAGCGUUUGGAAAUUCGCAGCUACGAGAGGGGAGCGUUAUGCUUUUCUGUCCGACUGCACAUCUAUCCUGCGAUGACAUUCGCAAGUGGCUGGGCAACUUUAACCACAUUCGCAACAUCGCCAAAUUUGGAGCUCGCAUUGGGCAGUGCUUUUCGACCACACGGGAGGUGCGCGGUGUUCGCGUGCCCACCAUCCGCCAUAUUGACGACAUAGAAGGCGACGGCGAGUGCUUUACCGACGGCGUGGGUAUCAUCUCCGAGCUCCUAGCUAAGCUGGUCGUCGAUGAGAUGAAACUUGACGUCGUGGGAAACCCAUCUGCUUUCCAGUUUCGCAUGGGUGGCGCCAAGGGAGUUCUCGCAGUAUGGCCGCGUGAAUAUGCAAAGAACAUGGAAGUUUGUCUACGAAAAUCGCAGAUCAAAUUCAGCACCGAGACCAACACGCUUGAGAUCGUCAAGGUUGCCAGGGCCACGACAGCGACGCUCAAUCGCCAGAUCAUUGUCAUUUUGGAGUACCUCGGAGUCAGCCACAGCACGUUUCUGGCGCUGCUGAACAAACACAUCAAUCAGUACGAAGAAGCCAUGAAGAAUCGCGCUGCUGCGAUUGAUCUCCUGACAAAAUUUGUUGACGAGAACCAGACAACUGUCAUUCUAGCCGAGCUUCUCAAGACCGACUUUCAAGAUCCUUUUAUCAAGAAUCUUCUAAAGCUCUGGCGGUCUUGGUCAUUGAAACUCAUGAAAGAGAAGUGCCGUAUCCAUGUCGAGAAGAGUGCAUUCGUCAUGGGGUGCGUCGACGAGACUGGCACUUUGCGAGGGCACUCUAUUCUGGCAGAAGGAAAGCAAGCCAAGAAGAAUGUUUCAAGUCUGCCGCAGAUAUUUCUUCAAAUCAGUGACCGGAAGUAUCGAAGCAAGACCACAAUAAUUCAAGGAAUUUGCCUCAUUGGCCGCAAUCCGUCAUUACACGCCGGCGACAUCCGCGUUGUCCAAGCGGUCGAUAAUCCACGUCUACGCCACCUCAAGGAUGUGGUUGUUUUCCCCUCCAAGGGCGAUCGGUCGCUUCCAAGCCUGCUUUCAGGAGGCGAUCUAGACGGCGAUGACUACUUUGUCCUCUGGGAUUCUAGCCUCAUCCCUCAGAUUUGGAAUACUCCGCCGAUGCGCUCCAUGCCGAUCACACCUCAAGAUUUGGACAGGGAUGUCGAGGUGAACGACUUGCGCAACUUUGUCGUCAAGUAUAUGAAGAACGACUUUUUGGCGUACAUUGCCAUUGCGCAUCAGGCGCACGCAGAUCAAUCGGGAGUAGCAUCUCGCAUAUGUUUGCAGCUUGCUGAGCUUCAUUCACAGGCGGUCGACUACCCAAAAACCGGUGUGCCAGCGGAAUGGAGUCGAGCCAAAUACUGGCCAAAAAAGUGGCCGCAUUUUAUGGAACGGAAGGGCUACACGUACACGUCUCGCACUGCGCUCGGGAAACUGUAUGACCGUUUGGCUGACGAAAAUUAUGACUACGUUCCCAGCUGCGAGGAUGAGUUUGAUUCGAGAAUCGUGGACAGCUUUGACUUUACCAACGAUGUUCUGAAAACAGCCCGUAAUAUGAAGGCAGAGUAUGACAUGACUAUUAGGCGACUGUUGAAGCAGUCCCGGAUUGCCACCGAGUUUGAGCUCUACUCUGGUUGGGCCAUGUCCAAGGGCCCGGCGGGCACGCAUUACAAGCGCCAGGAGGACCUCGGGCAGCAGUUCGACACGGUCAAGCAGCGUUUUCGCGAAAUGUGCAUCCAGGCGGCCGGAGACGCGGGCGGCAAGCUGGAGUGGCUUGUCGCCGCCAUCUACAAGGUGACCCAAGACGAAGUCAAGAGUUUCUUGAGCGAGACCGAGGCCGAGGACUUGAACUUUUCACCUCGAACCAUGCCGCUCAUCAGCUUCCCGUGGAUCUUUCACUGGGUUCUGGUCAAGAUUGCAUCGGGACACGGCUACAAGCCGCUCGAGACGAAUUUGGUGCCGGUCGUUCGUUUUGCGCCAACGGCAGUGCCUGCGCCAGCCCGAGAAGCCGACGGUGACGUCCCUCAGAACAUGGAUGCAACCAGGGGUGGAGGGUCGCCAAAGCCCACGCCAGAGGCGAAAGACGUCGUCAGGCUUGACGAACAAAUUGAACUCCUCAUAGAUUUUGACGCUGUCGAGGAAAGCAAGUCAGAGAAGACUAGAGAUGGCACCCCAGAAGAAGAAGCCGAUAGCCCCGAGCCGUCACAGAGCGCACGCAGCUUUGAGACGCUGCCGUGCGAAUACGACUCAAGCGCACAAUCCCGUCCUCCUAGUGAGAGGUGCAAGGAAAAGGCAAUCGGGGCAACGGAGGCGAUGCAAAGCGCAGCGCUGGUUUCGCGUCACAUGGACUAUCGAGAGUCAAAGGUGGAUCAAUUGCUGCGGAUGUGCGAGGACUCUGACGAGGAUUGA